AAUUUGCAUGCUCUGUUAAGGGUUUUCACAUCUCAUUUCCACACUGUCCUUUCUAAAAAUUCCGUUUCUCACUAUUAAUUCUUCUCUCUCUGUCUAAAAUUGUGCUGUCAAUAUAGAUUUAGAGAACGAAUCACUCAGCAAACAUGGUUACAGCAGAUGCAGCUCGUAAUGUUGUUGGAGUUAUUGGAAAUGUCAUUUCAUUCGGUUUGUUUGCCUCUCCUUCGCCAACAUUUUAUGACAUUAUCAAGAGGGGAGCAGUAGAAGAUUAUUCACCAAAUCCAUACUUAGCAACAAUAUUAAACUGUGCAUUAUGGGUAUUCUAUGGACUGCCGUUUAUUCAUCCUCACAGUAUUCUUGUGGUCACUAUUAAUGGAGUUGGGCUUGUUAUGGAAUUCGCUUACAUUGUUUGUUACCUCAUGUACGCUACAAAGAAACAAAGAAUGUACGUGGCAAAAGUGUUAGGGGGUGAAAUUGCAUUCUUUGCAAUUAUUGUUGGUGUUACCAUGGGUGUGUUUCACACUGUAAAAUCAAGAGGUACAUUCGUUGGUAUCUUCUGUCUCAUCUUCAACAUUCUAAUGUACGCCAUGCCACUCGACAACAUGUUAUUGGUUAUCAGAACAAAGAGUACUGAAUACUUGCCAUUUUGGCUUCUACUCGCCAAUUUCCUCAACGGUGGCUGUUGGUUGACAUAUGCCUUGCUUCGAUUCGAUCUCUUCAUCUUUAUCAGUAACGGUUCUGGAAUGAUACUCGGUUUAAGUCAGCUGAUUUUGUUUGCGGUAUUCUACAACAAGAAACCAAGGAACACUGAUGAUAAGCCUGGCAACGUACAAAUGUCUUCCAGUGUCUAACCAGUCGCCAAACUCGAUGGAGAUAAAGCUAAGACUCAACGCAUCACCAGUACUGUUUUGCCGCCUGUUUGAAGUUGCAUUUGCUCAGUUUUGUUCUUAAUAAGGAUGCAGAAUGGGAGCACAUCAUUCCUCAUUUCUUUAUGUUGAUGAUUUGUUUUCGCAUCUUAAAAAACCUUUCUGGUCAACUUCUUGUGAUUGGGAGAUGUUUCUAUUGCGGUUGAUAUUCAGUUUGUAGAGUAGUUUUAUUUCUACUUUCGAAGAUGUUCUUUAUAAUCUUUUCUCAUAUCUGAAUUAAUAAGUACUUUGGUGCCA